AUGUGCGGCUGUUGUGGAUGUAAAAGUACAGCUCCUAUCACUGCUCCUAUCAAUUUUAAUAAUCAGUCGGAUGUUUAUAACUACAAAGGGCCGGAUUUGAUUCGAGUAUCGAGGUUCUUCACUCAUGCGAAGGAAGGGAAAUUCAUCAGUUAUGUCUAUUCAGAUGCAAAAACAUUAUACGAGUCUUUUAGAAGAGGUUCCAAAGUCUCAAAUAACGGACCAUCUCUGGGCUGGCGGGAGUCUUACUCAAAGCCCUACCAGUGGCUUAACUACAACGAGGCGUUAUUGAGGGCCAAGAAUUUUGGAUCGGGGCUUGUAACCAGCGGUUUACCACCCGGACAAAACACAUUUAUUGGCAUUUACGCGCAAAAUUGUCCGGAAUGGAUUUUGACAGAACAAGCAGUGUAUUGCUACAGCAUGGUACUCGUACCGCUAUACGAUACUCUAGGUCCAGAAGCAUGUGCCUUUAUUAUCAAACAAGCCGAGAUCACCACGGUGGUUUGCGAAGAUGAAGGAAAGUGCAAUUUAUUGCUCGAAAAAUCCCCCAGAUGUUUAAAAAGAUUGAUUGUCAUGAGAGAUGUCAGGCCAGCUACAAAACAAAAGGCUAAAAAUAGGGGAGUAGAAAUUAUUAAGUUUUCAGACGUCGAAGUUAUGGGAGCAAAAAGUAAUCACCCAGAAAUUCCCCCGAAACCCACGGAUCUCUCAACAAUAUGUUACACCAGUGGGACCACAGGUAAUCCCAAGGGAGUAAUGUUGACCCAUGAAAAUAUUGUGGCCUCCAUGAGUGCUGUUAUGUUACAGUUCGGAGAUCAUAAACUGACGAGUACGGAUAUUUUGAUUUCCUUCUUACCUUUGGCUCACAUGUUAGAAAGAUGUUGUGAAAAUGCAAUGUACUGCGUAGGAGGGGCUGUAGGAUUCUAUUUAGGAGACAUUCGAAGGCUCUCAGAUGACAUGAAAGCCUUAAAACCUACUGUAACCCCUGCAGUUCCUAGACUACUCAACAGGAUAUAUGACAAAGUUCAAGCCGAUAUUAAUGGUAGCUGUCUUAAGAAAACAAUUUUCAAUAUGGCUCUAAGUGCUAAAGAAAAAGAUCUUAAAAGAGGAAUAGUAAGAAAAAACACCUUCUGGGAUAUGCUAGUAUUUAAAAAGGUCCAAGAAGGUAUGGGAGGCAAUUUAAGAUUAAUGUUAGUGGGAUCAGCACCUCUAGCAGAAAACGUCUUGACAUUUGUAAGAUGUGCUUUAGGAUGUUUGGUUGUAGAAGGUUACGGCCAAACGGAAUGUACAGCUCCCAUUACAUUGACCAUCCAAGGGGACCACACUCCGGGUCAUGUAGGUCCACCAGUAGCUUGUUGCUGCGUCAAACUUGUGGACGUUCCUGAAAUGGAGUAUUGGUCCAGGAAGAAUCAAGGGGAAGUAGUCGUCAAAGGGACAAACGUCUUCCAAGGAUACUACAAGGAUCCAGAAAAGACGGAAGAAGUGAUAGACGAUUUGGGUUGGCAUCAUACGGGAGAUAUUGGAAUGUGGUUACCAAAUGGAACCUUAAAAAUAAUUGACAGGAGAAAGCAUAUCUUCAAAUUGUCACAGGGCGAGUAUAUAGUCCCAGAAAAAAUAGAAAAUAUUUAUAUUCGUUCACAAUAUGUUAGUCAAGUUUUCAUUUAUGGGGAAUCCUUAAAAUCUUGUAUAGUAGGAAUCGUAGUACCUGAUGUAGAUGUUAUCAAAUGUUGGGCCCACGAAAAUGGUAUACCAGGCACUUUGAGUGUUCUUUGCGCCAACUCAGAAGUCAAACAGCUCAUUCUAGAUGACAUGGUAAUGUGGGGCAAAGAAGCAGGACUUAAAUCCUUUGAACAGGUUAAGGACAUCUAUCUUCACCCAGACAACUUCAGCAUUCAAAAUGGCUUACUAACUCCCACCAUGAAGACAAAACGUCCACAGUUGAAAGCUUAUUUCAAACCACAGCUAGAUGAUAUGUACAGUAGACUCACUUAG